UCAAUGAGCUUAUUCGCUGGCCUGCUUAGCAACUACCUGGCCUAGAAGGAGCACCACGGAGGGAGGAUGGCUCCUGAGAUCUGGAGCCCCCAAGGCAAAAGUCAACAUGUGUACGUGCCUGUUUGGUCUCCAAGAUACAACAGAGCUUCGGGCACUCAUCAUUCCAGUAUUUUACCUCCGAGGGGACAUAGAAUUAAGGCCCAAGCAGCAGGUUGGGCCCGGAAAGCGAGGGAGCAUAGACAGGAUUGUGAGGUCUCGUCUCCUAGACUUGAGCCCCCAAGUUCCGGCGCCAGAAGGUGGAGAACGAAUACAGGACUCAGAUGGAGAAAGCACUGGACUGGAGAGAGAAUCCUCGGCGAGUGAGAGUGUGCACGGCUCUUCCCGUAUAGAGUUAAGUUCCCAGCACCCAUGUCAGGUGGCUCACACUGUUGCCGUUAACUAGAGGGGCCAUCACCUCUGCUCUUUGGGGACUUGCACACAAGCGCACAUACACAGACGUAAAAAUAAAAUAAAACUAAAAAGUACUGCCAGACCUGAUAAUUAAUGUCUAUAAUUUCAGCAUCUGGGAGACUGAGGCAGGAAACUCCCAACGAGGUUCAGUGCCGCCCUGAGCUACAUAGUGAAUUCCAGAACAACCUUCCACAUUCCAUUGAGAGAGAACUUGCAAGGCGAGCUAAGACAACUCACGCCACGGAUGGCCACACUUUCCUGCCUUCAUACUCAGAGGACCUAUUGUCUAAGUGGCUCCUCCGCACACUUCCCAGACAUUCGAUUAUUUAAUCUUUGCCCUUUUUUGGAAGCUAAGAUUCUUAUUUACAGAGCUCAGUUCAUGGAACAGAAAGCCCAGGGGCCACCCUCUCCGCCAGCGAUGGAGAACGGCACACAGCCCUGCGAAGAGCGCCCACCCGCGGCCCCGGAGGCGACUAUCACCGAGGGCGCCGCCAAGAUCGUCUUCCCCAACGCCAACGAGGUUUUCUACAACCCAGUGCAGGAGUUCAACCGGGAUUUGACAUGUGCUGUGAUCACUGAGUUUGCUCGAAUUCAUCUUGGGGCCAAGGGAAUCCAGAUCAAGGUGCCAGGAGAGAAGGACUUGCAGAAAGUGUCUGUGACCUUGUCCGAGCAAGAGGAGGUAAAGGCUGAACAGGAAGAGAAGGAAACCCUGGCCUCAGGAGAGCAACCUCGGACAGCUGCCGUCGGUGAGAUCUGUGAGGAAGGUCUACGAGUGCUGGAAGGCCUGGCAGCCUCCGGUCUGCGCUCCAUCCGGUUUGCCCUAGAGGUUCCUGGCCUCCAGUCUGUCAUUGCCAAUGAUGCCUCUGCCCGGGCUGUAGAGCUCAUGGACCGAAACGUGCGCCUCAACGGUGUGGCACAUCUUGUCCAGCCCAACCAGGCAGACGCCCGGAUGCUAAUGUACCAACACCAAAAGGCGUCUGAGCGUUUUGAUGUCAUUGACCUGGACCCCUACGGCAGUCCUGCCCCCUUCCUGGAUGCAGCAGUGCAAGCCGUGAAUGAUGGAGGUCUUCUGUGUGUCACUUGCACGGACAUGGCAGUAUUGGCAGGGAACAGCGGAGAGACGUGCUAUAGCAAGUAUGGAGCCAUGGCCAUCAAGAGCCGGGCCUGCCAUGAAAUGGCCCUGAGAAUUGUGCUGCAUAGCCUGGACCUGCAUGCCAACUGCUACCAGCGCUUCGUGGUGCCACUGCUCAGCAUCAGUGCCGAUUUCUAUGUCCGGGUUUUUGUGCGCGUUUUCACAGGCCAGGCCAAGGUUAAGGCCUCAGCCAGCAAGCAGGCCCUGGUGUUCCAGUGUGUGGGUUGUGGAGCCUUCUACCUGCAGCGUCUUGGCAAAGCAUCAGGAGACCCUGGUGGCAGGGUCAAGUUCUCUGCAGCCUGUGGUCCUCCAGUGACCCCCGAGUGUGAACACUGCGGACAGCGACACCAGCUUGGAGGCCCCAUGUGGGCAGAUCCCAUCCAUGACCUGGACUUUGUUGGCCGAGUUCUUGAAGCAGUGACCACUAAUCCUGGCCGCUUCCACACCUCCAAGCGGAUCCAAGGUGUCCUGAGUGUUGUUACUGAGGAACUUCCCGACGUCCCUCUCUACUACACACUGGACCACCUGAGCAGCACCAUCCACUGUAACACACCCAGCCUCCUGCAGCUUCGGUCAGCUCUCCUCCACGCUGGCUUCCGAGUCUCUCUCUCCCACGCUUGUAAGAAUGCAGUGAAGACAGACGCUCCCCCACAAGCUCUCUGGGACAUCAUGCGUUGCUGGGAGAAGGAGUGUCCAGUAAAACGGGAACGGCUGUCAGAAAGCAGCCCAGCAUUCCGGAUUCUGGCUGUGGAGCCCAGGCUAAAGGCCAACUUCAACAUCCGGGAAGAUGCCAACCCCAGCUCCCGCCAGCAAGGACUCAAGCGCUUCCAGGCCAAUCCAGAAGCCAACUGGGGCCCCCGGCCCCGUGCCCGGCCAGGGGCAGCAAGUAAAGAUCUGGAGGAGAAACGGAGGCUGCUACAAAAUAAGCGGAAGGAGCCAGCCGAGGACCCAGCCCAGAGGGCAGCCCGCCUCAAGACGUUUCCCUGCAAACGAUUCAAGGAGGGUACCUGUCAGCGAGGGGACCAGUGCUGUUACUCACACAGCCCUGCAGCGCCUGUGGUCUCUGCUGGUGCUCUCCUCACAGGCUGUCCAGAGACCACCACCAAGAUCUCCCCUGGACCAGAGGCUGCUUCUGGGGGCACUGGGGGACCAGGUGUGGACUGAGACAGUAAAGAGAUGUCACUUCUGCUGGUUGUCAUUCUGAAUGGGGAGGUUGUCUGCCUGAGGGACCCUUCCUGUCUGGGUCCUUGUUCCUGCCUGACUGCAGCUUUAAGUCUGACCUGGAAACUGAUCUGGCUGUUCAGGAGAGCAGUUCAUCAGGUGGCCACAGGGCGGCAGCUGCAAGCAUGCUCGCCCUUUGCCCAGGCAGCUGCAAGCAUGCUCGCCUGUCACCCGUCACCCUGCGCUGCCUCCCCUCUGACUGUCCAGGCAUUUCCCCCAGCACCCCACUAGUCCCCCUGAAGUCUCUUAUUGCCUGGUGUCUUGGGCCUCGCUCUCUCCAGUUGGUGUGGCGGAAGCCAGACCGGAAGCAGGCACUCUGUGCAUCCGCUCCCAGACCAGGUGCUUCCUGCCCUGCCUGCUCUCAAUAGGGAUGUGACUGCUGAGAACACAGGCAGGGCAGGCGGCUGCCCAGACACCCAGUGAAGAGACUCUGUCCCCUUCCUCUGGAGUAGAGGGUUAGUAAUGCUAAGAGGAGGGCAGGGGCAUAAGCACACUUCACCAGCCGCUACGAAGUGAGGCAGUGGGCUGGCGACUUGAGCACUUUAACAAGGCUGGAUGGCCACUGAGCACUCCCUGGGUGUGCCUACAAUUCACCAAACACACGGGGCAGGCCUAUUAUACUACAUAGAGCUCAGCUC